AUGGCAAUGAAAACUCUAGAGCUCAAUUCAACGAUCUCUUCUGUGUCAAUCUACACUUUGGAAAACUCAGAAAAACUUAUGCUGGACUCAAGCACUUCCUGUCCAUUUCCUGGUGCCAAUAUCACCUAUGUGGACUUCUACCUUCAUGAUCGCUCUGUGUCUGCCAUCUUCAUUGUGUCCUACCUUCUCAUCUUCAUUGUAUGUAUGGUUGGUAAUGGAGUGGUGUGCUUUAUUGUGCUGAGGAGCAGACAUAUGCGAACUGUCACCAACCUAUUCAUCCUCAACCUGGCCAUCAGUGAUCUGCUGGUUGGAAUUUUCUGCAUGCCUACCACCUUAGUAGAUAACAUCAUUACAGGGUGGCCAUUUGGAAGUUUGGUGUGCAAGCUGAGUGGGAUGGUACAAGGAAUAUCUGUGUCUGCUUCUGUCUUCACACUGGUAGCCAUUGCUGUGGACAGGUUUCGUUGCAUUGUUUACCCCUUCAAGCAGAAGCUGACCAUUUCCACCUCUACUCUCAUAAUUGCAGUCAUUUGGGUAUUGGCCAUCUCCAUUAUGUGUCCAUCAGGUGUCAUGUUGCAGGUCACCGAGGAGAGUCAGAUCUCCAUUUUAUUAGGGGAUGGCAAUUCUACUCGGCCAUUCUACUGGUGCCAUGAGAACUGGCCGAACAAGGAAAUGCGCAAAAUCUAUACCACUGUGCUCUUUGCCAGUAUCUAUCUGGGUCCACUCACCCUCAUUGUCAUUAUGUAUGCUAGCAUUGGGCUCACACUCUUCAAGACAGCCACUCCCAGCCCUGCAAGCCAAGAAUCUGCUUCCAGCUUUGGCUCUGGCUCCAGAAAACCAAGUGGCUAUGAAACUCACCAGAUAGUUUCACGGAAAAAGAAGCAUGUAGUUAAGAUGUUACUGGUUGUUGCGCUGCUGUUCAUCCUGUCCUGGUUGCCUUUGUGGACCCUUAUGAUGCUGAGUGAUUAUGCUAGCCUGAAUGAGUUCCAGCACCGGGUGAUAAACAUCUACAUCUACCCUUUGGCCCACUGGUUGGCCUUUUGCAACAGCAGCAUCAAUCCUAUCAUUUAUGGCUUCUUCAACGAAAACUUCCGCCGGGGGUUCCAAGCUGCCUUUAAACUACAGCUUUGUUCAGUGCAGCACAGCAGUAGGACUUACUUGCAACGUGUUCAGGGGAAUGCUGUCCUGCCAACCAAUCUGAAUUUGGCAACAGGGGCUGUGUCUGAAGGCAGAGGUCCAAGCCAAGGACUGGGAAUGUCUAAAGAGUUUGGUAAGAGCAAUGGGAAAAGCUUGGUUAAGAACAGCCAGGUCUCAGGAAAGCAAAACCUGAAAGAGCAAAUCAUGAUCAUGGAGGAUCUAGAAAAGGUAUGUAUAAAAGAACAGGACUGAAUACGUAAUACGUAACUGU